CUGCCUCAGACUCAGAAGAAGAUGAACACAGUUCAAAAGAUGCCUGGUACUCUGAAAUAGAUAGUGAUUGGUGUCAGCCAAAUGAAAAUUCUGUUUGGUUUGAUGCGAAAGAAGAUGCAGGUGUCACUGAUGAUACAGACGAAAAUUCAACGAACCAUUUUGCCAACAUGACUGGGGAUUCAAACUCCACAACCAGUGAUGAACCAUUGUAUCAAGGAGCCCCUAUUUCAGUUGCUGAAAGUGCUAUUUUGAUAUUGACUUUUGCGAUGAGACACAAUCUUACAGGGGAGUGUUUGUCUGACUUGCUAACACUUAUUUCUCUGCACUGUGUUACUACAAGUUUCCUACACUUAUCGUUGUACAGAUUUAGGUCUUAUUUCAGUGCUUUGAAAUCUUCUUUGUUGUUUCAUAAGUUCUGCAGUAAAUGUGAUUUUAUAAUUGAUGAAUCAUCUGGUGUAUGUACUGUUUGUAAAAGUGAUUUGAGUGAAAAGGGUAAUGUGUCAUACUUUGUUGAAAUACCAUUGAUAUUUCAAAUACAGCAAUUAUUUCAAAGAUCAGACUUUCAUCUUCAGCUUCUGCAGCGAUUUUCUAGAAAGAAGAAAGAUGAAAACAAUAUUGAAGACAUUUAUGAUGGGAAAUUAUACAAAGCGCAUUCUGGAUCUGGUGGCUUCUUGGAUUCUCAUAGUAACAUUUCAUUUAUGUGGUAUACAGAUGGUGUGCCUCUUUUUAAGUCCUCAAAAGUUAGUAUUUGGCCAUUAUUCCUUUCAAUUAAUGAACUACCAGCACAGUACAGGUUCAAACAAGAAAACAUAUUGUUUGCAGGACUUUGGUUUGGAAAUUCAAAACCUUCAAUGUCAUGCUUUUUGAAACCUUUUCAUGAUAGCCUAAAUGAAUUUAAGGAUAUUGGAUGUACAAUUAACUGUAUUCAUUGCUCAUCUAUAACAGAAAAGGGUAUGCUGUUAUGUGGAACAUGUGAUUUACCAGCCAAAUGCAUGGUUCUGAAUAUGACUCAGUUUAAUGGCAAGUAUGGAUGCCCAAAAUGCAAACAAGAAGGAGAAAUAGUAAAAACUGGAAAAGGACAUACAAGAGUGUUUCCAUUUCAUGAAUUAAUAAAUGAACCAAAGAGGAAUCACAAUGAAUUCAUUCAACAUGGAGAAGAAGCUUUUGCAUCUUCGCAGCCUGUCUUUGGUGUGAAAGGUCCUUCAUGGUGGGUUAAUUGUUGUCCAGAUAUUAUUAAUGGUACAGCCAUUGAUUACAUGCAUUCUGUUCUUCUUGGACUUAUACGCAGACUUCUACAACUGUGGUUUGAUCCAAAGUUUUCCUCACAAUCUUUCUCUGUUUCACACCUUGUAAGUGUUGCAAAUAGAAGACUUUCUUCAAUUAGACCUCCAUAUUUCAUAAAACGACACCCACGAGAUAUUAAAGAACAUUCGAAGUACUGGAAGGCUUCCGAGUGCAGAGCAUGGCUUUUCUUUUACUCUGUUCCAGUGCUUUUUGGAUUAUUAAAGGAGAACAUUUUUAAUCACUACUUGCUGUUAGUAGAAGCUAUAUAUAUCAUGAAUUUGGACUCAAUUUCUACUACAGAUUUAAAACAUUGUGAGGAACUUUUGAUAAAAUUUUGUGGUAUUUUUUCAGUCCUUUAUGGUGAUCAACAUAUGUCAGCCAACUUACACCAACUUCUUCAUUUGCAUGAUACAGUUGAACAGCUGGGACCACUUUGGGUGUACUCCUGUUUUUCCUUUGAAAGUAUGAAUGGUGAUCUUAUAAAAUUGUUUCAUGGCACUCAAAACCCUGUUGUUCAAAUUGCAAAUACAGUAUCAACCAUGCUUAAGCUUCCAGCUUUUGCAACUCAAAUCAAAAAUGAAACACCCAUUUGGAACUUCUAUGUUAAGCUGAACUCGUCAAAUUAUCAUUACAAACUUGGUGAAAAAAUAUUCAAAGGUGCAUAUGUUAUUGGAGCUAAACAUUUAAAAAAACUCAAUGCCAAGUUUUCUGAAGUUGUUAGUCAGUCAGCAAGUUUUGCACUAGGUGACUGUUAUAUGUUUUACAGACUGUUUUAA